GGUGUAGAGUUAUAUCAGGGUGUGUUUUCAAAACUAAAGAAAAUACUUUUUCUUAUUACUUUACUUUAUAAAAUACUUUUUAGUAUUUUAUUGAUUCAUUUUCUUUUUCAAGUUUGCAGCUUUAGAUGAUUUUGCAGAAUUUUGUGUGCUUAAACCGAAAAAAGAAAGCUUGAUUUGAAUGUUGAAUUUGGAUUUACAUCCUUGUCCAUGUUUUUAGUCUAUACAUCCAUUUCGUUUAAGUUAGUUUGCAGAAGAUCGGAACUAUUACAGAAUAAUGAAUGUUUAUUCACCUCUGCCUUGCCAGCUUGCUUGAAGGAAAGACAAGUAGACAGGAUACAGAUUGCACAUUCGCCCCGUUGUAGUGGUGGGCUUUCUACAGAGACUGAAACGGACUGCAUCCAGCAGCAGCAGCAGCAGCAGCACACACCCCUCAGCGCCGAGCGGUGAUGCAGCCCCGCACGAAGGGAACCGAACACUCCUCAGAGUUGCCUCGACUUUAGGAUGGUGCAGAAAUCGCUCAACGGCGGGGUUUACCCAGCUGAAGCCGGAGAAAAGAAGCACAAAGUCGGGUUCGUCGGCUUGGACCCCGGUGCUCCGGAAUCCACCAGGGAUGGGGCGCUGCUCAUUGCGGGCUCAGAGAGCACCAAGCGGAGCAGCAUCCUCAGCAGACCAAGGGCCAGCAUCUCCUGCGGGAGACCCAGACCAUCGAAGAAAAACGCCAGCUAUCGGAAACUACAGAGUUUCCUCUACAACGCACUAGAGAGACCGCGGGGAUGGGCGUUUGUCUACCAUGCUUAUGUCUUCUUCCUGGUCUUCUCCUGUCUCAUCCUGUCUGUCUUUGCAACCAUCAAAGAGUAUAAACAAAACUCAGAAAACGCCUUAUACAUCUUGGAAAUUGUGACUAUUGUGGUGUUUGGAGUUGAGUACAUUGUGAGGAUAUGGGCUGCUGGAUGUUGCUGUCGAUACAGAGGAUGGAGGGGGAGGCUGAAAUUUGCCAGAAAGCCUUUCUGUGUCAUAGACAUGAUGGUACUGAUUGCUUCAGUGUCUGUGCUGGCAGCAGGAUCUCAGGGGAAUGUUUUUGCUACCUCGGCCAUCAGGAGUCUGAGAUUCCUACAGAUCCUGCGUAUGCUUCGAAUGGACCGCCGGGGAGGCACCUGGAAGCUGCUCGGAUCUGUUGUUUACGCUCACAGCAAGGAGCUCAUCACAGCUUGGUAUAUUGGUUUUCUGUGCCUCAUCCUGGCCUCUUUCUUGGUCUAUUCUGUGGAAAAGGAGACAAAUGACGAGUUUGAGACCUAUGCUGAUGCUCUUUGGUGGGGACUGAUCACUCUCACCACCAUUGGCUAUGGUGAUAAAGUUCCCAAAACCUGGAAUGGACGUUUGCUUGGAGCUGCAUUUAGCAUGAUAGGUGUGGCUUUCUUUGCGCUUCCUGCUGGGAUUCUUGGCUCAGGCUUUGCCCUCAAAGUUCAGGAGCAGCACAGGCAGAAACAUUUUGAGAAGAGACGUAACCCUGCAGCGGGUCUAAUCCAGGCUGCUUGGAGGUUUUAUGCCACCAACCUUUCCCGCACAGAUCUGCUGUGCACUUGGGAUUUUUACGAGCAGACUGUAGCUGUUCCAAUGUACAGAAUCAUCCCUCCUCUGAAUCAACUGGACCUGCUGAGGAAUCUGAAAGGAAAAUCAUUCAGGAAAGACUCUCAGGCUGAAACCUCACCCAGUAGUGAAAAUGCACACAAAGACAGACUUUGUGGGUGCUGCCCAAGAACUCUUAGUCGGAAAGCCAGCCUGAAGGACAAGGUGUUUCCCAGUCCUUCCAAAGCCCCUGUGGUCAAAGGGAAAGCUCUCUCCCCCGGGGCUGAAGAAGGGGCUGAAGCCAACCCAGGCAAGGUCACCAAGACUUGGAGCAGAGUCCGGGGCAGCACCUCACGCCAAAAUUCAGAUGUGCUGAUUGAAAUGCAGGACGAAGACUUUGGACUGAAGAGUUCUCCAGCAAUUGAAGGUUUAAUAAAGGCAAGCCUCCCUGGAGAGGAAAUUGGUGAUGAUAAGAGCUGCCACUGUGAGUUUUUCACCCAGGAACUACCUCCAGGAUUGAAGGUUACAAUUAGGGCUGUUUGUGUCAUGAAGUUUCUGGUGUCCAAGAGGAGAUUCAAAGAGAGUCUGAGGCCUUAUGAUGUCAUGGACGUCAUCGAACAGUAUUCUGCAGGUCACCUCGAUAUGUUGUGUCGCAUUAAGAAUCUACAAUCCAGGAUAGAUAUGAUUGUGGGGCCCCCUCCCCCAACAACACCUCGCCAUAAGAAGUCCACUGAAGGUCCUAGAGUUGACCAAAUAGUUGGUAAAGGUACCAAAGCGGAAGGUGACGCUGCAGAGGAUCAGAGCAUGAUGGGGCGGCUAGUCAAAGUGGAGAAACAGGUAGUCUGCAUGGAUAGGAAACUUGACUUCCUCGUCAAUGUAUAUGUGCAGCGUAUGGGCAUCACUCAUUCAGAAACAGAGGCUUUUUUCAACUCCAAAGAGCCAUAUCCAGCACCACCUUACCACAGCCCAGAGAGAACCAAGGAGGAGAGGGACGAAAAGAAGGAAGGGAUGGAGGAAAAAAGAGCCAAGACGUGUUCAGCAUCAGCAGACUCCUCACACUGUCAUGGGUCUAUGGAAAAGAAAGAUGCUCUGUGUGAUCAGUCCAUGGCAAGGUCAGUAGCCACUCCAUCUGGCAGCAACAGCCGCCUUUCUACUUCUUGGCAGCACCAGCUGCAGCAUCCCCUCAGCCAGCCCGCCUGGGGCAGCAGCCUGGCCAACACCCCUUCACCAGUUGGAGCUGCUGGUGACCAGUCGCCCCCUGUCUUUCGUCUUCCGCCUCCCCCUGCUCCAGUGCAUGAUAGAUCUUCCUCAGGCCCGUGCGGAAGCGGCAGGGAGAGCAGCUCGCGGAGCAGAAGGCGCCACAGGAGGCACAGGUGUCAGCAUGAUGCCACCGCCGUGGAGAGCGACACCUCGCUCUCCAUCCCAUCUGUUGACCACGAGGAGCUGGAGCGCUCCUUCAGUGGUUUCAGCAUCUCUCAGGCCAAAGAGGACUUCCUCGGUCCUUCUUUCUUUACAGGCUCAGGAGUAGGUGGAGCAGUGGCUGAAGCUGGAGGGGUACAUUCUGUCUGCACAAGGGUCCGACCAUUCAUAGCUGAAGGGGAGUCAGAUACAGACUCUGAUCUGUAUGCUCCAUCACCUCUGUCCUUCACUGGAGAGGCCUCAUGUGGAGAGAGGGGCUGGCCAGGACUGAAGUAGGCCAGAGGACUGCUCUGCUACGGCUAACCAGGAUGGUGGUAACAGAUCAGUGCCAAGAUGAGAUCAUCUGACCUCCUAUCCAACCAACGUAGUGUCCACAAUGAUGAUGAAUGAUGUUUUAGUCAAUUCUGAGUGGAUUCAUAUAAGAGGGUGAUCAUCAUGAAAACGGUUAUAUUACUAUAUGUGGUAAUUAAAUAACCUCAUAGAAAUAAAAGAGGUCACGUUUUCUCACAAUUCAUGUUUAAAAUGAAACAUUUCACAUGCAUUGAUUAAAGAUAAUUGCUUCAUACAUUUGUAGAUCAUGAAAGAUUGGGAAAAAAGUCCCUCUACUGAGAGUUCCUAUUAUUAAGAGUCAGUACUAACAGAGAUUUUUUGAGUUGGCAGUUGGUAGGGAUGGUAAAAAAAAUGUAAAACUUCAUCAUUGGUCCAGCUGUGUGGAUAAAAUAGCUGGAGAUUAUUCUAAAAUGACUCAGAAGGUAUCUUCCUGCCUCCCUGUUGCCUGUGCUUCCCUGUAACUUAAAAUGAAACAGAAAAAGUUAUUUGAAAGGAAAUAACAAACACUGUCAAACAGACUCUCCUUUAAAUUUGGACCUAAUUAAUUUUGGUAUUAUUGUCUCCUGGCACAGCUAAGGAAUCCAAAACCACAACUACACUGACUUUUUUUUUCCCAUCAGUUUGAAAAACAUUGGAGGAAUGGAGACCAUUCCUAAGUUUGUUUAGGAUUCAGUAGAAAAAGUAAUGACUUACAAUAAGUAUA